UGGGGAGGGCAACCGGAAGAGUGACGUGGAAUAUGGUGAAAGCAGAAGCAACACAAGUGGACUUUAUUGCAUGAUCAAAACAUUUUUUCCACGUUACUGGUUGUUAGGUAGCACACUGAUCAGUACGUUUGGUAGCUGUUAUUGUAUCGAAGAUAGUCAUGGCGGCUCUUGUAUUUGCAGUGUUCCUGCAGUUUCUCUUCUUUCGGCAAAUAGACAGCUGGAAUGACGGAGGCAGCGUUCUCCUCCGGGACGUGCAGGCGCUCACUCUGUACAGUGGCCGCUACACCACUGCCCGCCGCACAAGCCCCGUCCUUCAGCUGCAGUGCGUUGGCGGCUCGGCCGGCUGCGGCGCCUUCAUUCCGGAGGUGGUUCAAUGCCAGAACAAAGGCUGGGAUGGCGUCGACGUUCAGUGGGAGUGCAGGACUGACAUGGACAAUGCAUACCGCUUUGGAAAGAUAGAGGUGAGCUGUGAGGGGUUCAACCACCCCGAUGAUCCCUACAUCCUGAAGGGCUCCUGCGGGUUGGAGUACACCCUGGAGCUGACGGGGCAUGGCCGGCAGGGGGGCCACGGCUCCCGGGGCUCUGGGGCCUUUGGUAGCUUUGGCGGCUUCGCCUCCAACUUCUUCAGGGACGCCUACGACGGCCAACGGCAGCAGCAGGGAGGAGGCAGCUUUCCUCAGAGCUCCUCCGGGGGCGACGUGGGUGGUCUGGUCGUGGUGGGCCUAUUUCUCCUCCUGGCUUACGGCGUGUACAAGAUGUUCCUGUGUGGUCCCACGCACAACCAGGACCGCUUCCCUGAUGAUGCUGGAUACCCGAGAGGAGCCUCCCACAUGGGCCCCCCCCCUGCCGGAUUUAAACCUGACUACUCAGGUUCCUCUUCACAGUGUGGCGGUCCUGCUGGCUCUCCGGGAUCUGGGAAUCAGUACGGCUUUAGGGAGGAAUUCACCAGACCUGGAAGUACCGGACACGGCUCCAAUUCUGGUACCGGGUUUUGGUCUGGACUGGGAGCCGGAGGAAUUCUGGGCUACCUUUUCGGGAAUCAGAACCGGCACCAGCCAGGCAUGCAUACUGGGAACUCGUGGAACUCGGGGAACUCGGGAAACUCCUGGAACUCUCCCAAAGUGCAGCCAGGGAGUACUGGAACCCGCACAGCGUCAGGCUUUGGAAACACCAAAAGAAGAUAGAUGGAUGGAUGGUGAUCCAGCGAGGGGAUCCCCAUGGCAACCAGGCCUGCUUCACUUUGAUCUUCCCCAUUUGUCCAUUGUAGUACAGAUAGCGAUCUGUUCGAUAUCACCUGGGAAAUUAAUGUGGCAUAGGUUUGUGUUUUCAGAAAAAAAGCACUGGACAGUAGUUGUGUAAGGUAGACCGAUUAGCUUAUCUUUAGUUUGUGUGUCUUUGUAAUGCCUGUUUGAGGAUAGCCGAGUCUGCAGUAAUUGCUGUAGUUAAACAGGUUUCCUUUUGUGUUGAAAGUCUGUGUCUGUGAUCUUGAACUUCAUACUGUUAAGCUGAUUAUGCAUUUUGUUGUGAGCUGCGUGGGAUAACAAACUAUGAAAUCUUUUUCAUCCAUAUGUGCUGCCCAUUUAAAUUCAAUAAUUCAGAAUGUUUUUGGAAUGUUUGUACAGUUGUAUAUUUUAUAAUUAACUGGAGUGGAUGUUUGGUUGCAUUCAUCUCUACAGCUGGUUUUAUUUUUUCUUUGAAAUGAAAUAAUUUCUUUAAAAUAAAUUAAAUUUGUAUUUAUCUUUUCCUGAACUCUCUUUGUGUAAAAGAUGACUUUAAGACAGGGGUAGGGAACCUGAUCCAUGGAGAGCCGGUGCAGGUUUUUGGGAUGACCUCUCAGUCAGCCAAUAAUAAAGCAGCGAUUCUCAACUCCAGUCCUUGGAAUCCACUGUUAUUGGCUGAUUGAGAGGCCAUCCCAAAAACCCGCACCGGCUCUCCAUGGAUCAGGUUCCCUACCCCUGCUUUAAGGCCUAGUCAUGUUUGAAUGUUAUUUGUUAUGUAUAUAUUUGGCCCAGCAAAUGCUAACCUGAUACUGUUUCAUGAAAAAGCUUCCAGACUGUCUAUGACACGGUACUUUGUAAAUGGUUGGAAGAUGGAUGGAUGGAUCCUUUAGUAAAUUACACAGAUGUGUAGGUUGGUCUUUUAGGCCUGGAACCCAUCAAGGAAGCACAGGGUGUCAGGCUGGGGACCAUCAUGUGCACACAAGGGGCAGAUUAGUGACACCACUUGAACGUUAUUGUCAUUCGAGUAGAUUUUUAGUCUGUACGGUUCAAGCAAUACUGUCACACCUUUUGUGCUGAAAGAUAAGUUUCAAUAAACUUA